UGCAGCCGGCACUGGGCCCGCCUGGAAUGCGGGGACAAGCUGCGCACCAGGACUUUUAUGGAAACUUGCUGGUGGAGACGGCGGCGGCGGCGGCGGCGGCCAAAGGGCUCCCAGCGGCCGGAGUGGCAGCGGCAGCGGCCGGAGCGCCCAGACCCCCGCCCACACCCAGGCGCAGGACGCGCACAGCCUCUCCGCGCGCAACGAGGACACUCGCUUGUCGCCGGCUCCUGGCGGGUGCAAAAAUAUACAAAACUCCAAAAUCACCCUGAGACCACAUACAGCAAACAUGAAUGAUAUUUCCCAAAAGGCUGAGAUUCUGCUUUCUUCAUCUAAACCUGUCCCAAAAACCUAUGUGCCAAAACUUGGCAAGGGUGAUGUAAAGGAUAAGUUUGAAGCCAUGCAGAGAGCCAGGGAAGAAAGAAAUCAAAGGAGAUCUAGAGAUGAAAAACAAAGAAGAAGAGAACAAUAUAUUAGAGAGAGAGAAUGGAACAGGAGAAAGCAGGAGAUUAAAGAAAUGCUUGCUUCUGAUGAUGAGGAAGAGGUAUCUUCGAAAGUAGAAAAGGCUUAUGUCCCAAAGCUAACAGGAACUGUUAAAGGUAGAUUUGCUGAAAUGGAGAAACAAAGACAAGAGGAACAAAGAAAGAGAAUGGAGGAGGAACGAAGACGCAGAAUUGAGCAGGAUAUGUUAGAGAAGAGGAAGAUCCAACGUGAAUUAGCAAAAAGGGCUGAGCAGAUUGAGGACAUAAACAAUACGGGAACUGAAUCAGCACCAGAGGAAGGAGAUGAUUCACUACUUGUAACAGUGGUACCUGUCAAAUCACACAAAAGUUCUGGAAAGAUGAAGAAUUUUGAGGAUCUAGAGAAAGAACGAGAAGAAAAAGAAAGGGUCAAAUAUGAAGAAGAUAAAAGAAUAAGAUAUGAAGAACAACGGCGAUCUCUCAAGGAAGCAAAGUGUCUUUCAUUGGUCAUGGAUGAUGAACUAGAAAGUGAGGCAAAAAAAGAGUCCCUUUCUCCUGGAAAACUGAAACUAACUUUUGAAGAAUUGGAAAGACAAAGACAAGAAAACCGAAGGAGGCAAGCUGAAGAGGAAGCAAGACAACGUUUAGAAGAAGAGAAGCGUGCUUUUGAAGAAGCAAGGCGGCAAAUGGUAAAUGAAGAGGAGGAAAACCAAGACACAGAAAAAAUUUUAAAAGGGUACCGCCCUGGUAAACUCAAACUCAGUUUUGAAGAAAUAGAAAGACAAAGGAGAGAAGAUGAAAAAAGGAAGGCAGAAGAAGAAGCCAGGAGGAGAAUAGAGGAAGAAAAGAAAGCAUUUGCUGAAGCAAGGAGAAGCAUGGUAGUAGAUGAUGACUUCCCAGAGAUGUAUAAAACAAUUUCUCAAGAAUCUCUUACACCGGGAAAACUGGAAAUUAAUUUUGAAGAAUUACUAAAACAAAAAAUGGAAGAAGAAAAACGACGAACAGAGGAGGAAAGGAAGCAUAAACUAGAGAUGGAAAAACAGGAAUUUGAACAACUGAGACAAGAAAUGGGAGAGGAAGAGGAAGAACAUGAAACCUUCGAAUUGAGUAGGGAAUAUGAAGAAUUAAUCAAAUUGAAAAGAAGUGGCUCUAUUCAAGCCAAAAAUCUAAAAAGCAAGUUUGAAAAGAUUGGACAAUUGUCUGAAAAAGAAAUACAGAAAAAAAUAGAAGAAGAACGAGCAAGAAGGAGAGCAAUUGACCUCGAAAUUAAAGAGCGAGAAGCAGAAAACUUUCAUGAGGAAGAAGAUGUUGAUGUCAAGCCUGCAAAAAAAAGUGAGGCCCCAUUUACUCAUAAAGUGAACAUGAAAGCUAGAUUUGAACAAAUGGCUAAGGCAAGAGAAGAAGAAGAACAAAGAAGAAUUGAAGAGCAAAAGUUACUACGGAUGCAGUUUGAACAAAAGGAAAUUGAUGCGGCACUACAAAAGAAAAGAGAAGAGGAGGAGGAAGAAGAGGGUGGUAGCAUCAUGAAUGGCUCCACUGUUGAAGAUGAGGAGCAAACGAGAUCAGGAGCUCCGUGGUUCAAGAAGCCUCUAAAAAACACAUCGGUUGUAGACAGUGAGCCAGUUAGAUUUACUGUUAAAGUAACAGGAGAACCCAAACCGGAAAUUACAUGGUGGUUUGAAGGAGAAAUACUGCAGGAUGGAGAAGACUACCAAUAUAUUGAAAGAGGAGAAACUUACUGUCUUUAUUUACCAGAAACUUUCCCAGAAGAUGAAGGAGAGUAUAUGUGUAAAGCAGUCAACAACAAAGGCUCUGCAGCUAGUACCUGUAUUCUUACAAUUGAAAGUAAGAAUUAAUCACUUAAUCUAGAACUUUUAUUCUAUUUAAAUUUUUUUCCUUAAAAAAAAAAAAUCACUUUUCUUCUUCUCUUUUUUAGCUGACGACUACUAGCUCCCCUUCCCUCUCCCUGGAACUUUCUCCCCCCCACCCCCGACUUUCUUACUACACCCAUGUUUUCUGUGGCGGGGCCAAAAUGGAAACCAGAAGUGCCACUAUGUUGACUUUUUAUUCCUUUUCAUAAUAGUCUUCAAAACACAAGCUCAUCUAAGGAAUAACUUCUUCCUUUCCAAAUGAUCACCAGAUUCAUCGCCAUAUUACGCAGAAGUUAAGGUGUAUCUAAUGGGGUAAAGUGGAAAAUUUACUCAAUUAUU